AUGCGCGCUCCAGAGGAAGUCCCGACUGACAUGCUAUGCGAGGAUAAAUACACCUCAAAGUCGAAACACAAUGUUUCUUGCAUGUACGGUUCAAAGCACUUUUGCCAACCAUUCGAGCAGUUUGUUGACUUUAGAUUAUCUUACACACGUAUACAGAUGUGGUCAACUCUUAAUAAUUGUAACCUGCUGAGACUUCUUGUUUUCAUGAAAUGGGAAAGGAAAAACUUAUCAGAAUCGAACCUUAGGAUCUCACUUUUUCGUCUCCACGACAAGAUAUUUUGGAGUCGAUUGCUAACGAAAGCGAAAAGGAUCCAGCGAACUUCAGGAUCUUCAGUCCAAAAAGUCCGGAACUUUGAAGUCAACAUUCGCACCACCAACUGCUACUAGAUGAACAGAAAUUACACCAAGCCCUAAUAAAAACACACAAAAACUUCUGUAGAAACUGUCGCAAGUCCGAAGAAAUCGUCCUGCAAUAAAGUAGCUUUUGCAUCUUAAAUUUACAACUUUUAAAUAGCCUAGGCUACCGUACAUAGACUUGAGUCUUUUGCAUUUUGUUAGUUUAAAACAGCAUUUUAAACAUCUAUCCUUACAUAGAUGUUUCAAAAUAUGUGCAAAAUAUAUUAUCUCUGGUGUGUCUUACAACUUUUCUAUUAUUUUACUGAUAUUUUGUAAUCUGUGAUGACAAACUUGUAACAUGUUUUGACAAUAAUAGAUUGGAAACAAAAAAACGAUGUUGUGAAUGCAUGAUAUUCUCUAAUGUGCAAGUUAUUUUACCGAAAUAUCAAAUGCCCAUAUUGAUAAAAUAACAGGAUUAAUACAAACAAUUAAAUUGGGCCGGCUGUGCUGUGCACAGCUAAAGCCAUUCAGUUCUUGUAAAAUGCUGAAUAUCAAUAGGCCGAGGCUGAGAGGGCAGAGUGUUUUUAACCAAAAACUAGAGAUAAAAGAAUAACCAAUAGCUGAGGGGAGCAAUUUGAUAUAAUCUCAUUUCCAAGGGGUCUAAAUAAAACUGUAAUCUCUAUCUCCGUUUCAUUUUCUCCCCCAAAUUCGCAUUGCGUUUUCAUCAGUCCAAAUUGAGGAAAGAAACUCUGAAAUCGUAGAACACAGCAUAAGAGGAGAAUGGGAGGUGGCCACGGCGAUGGCGUGACGUACAGAGGCGUAACGCUGCACAGACCAAAGCGCUGGCACACUGUUACCGGCAAAGGCCUCUGCGCAGUCAUGUGGUAAGGAGUGGUC